AUGGCUGAAACUUUCCGGCAUCAAGACGGCGACACUAUCGCCGUCGAAAUCCCUAACCACCUCAAAACAAUGAUCGGCGAUUCAAACGACGGUUUCGAUUUCAUCAGCUCUCUACCCGACGCGAUUCUCCAUCUUAUCCUUUCCUCGAUUCCCACAAAAUCCGCUAUUAGAACCUCUGUCUUGUCCAAACGAUGGAGGUAUGUUUGGUCUGAAACACCUUCAAUCUCCAUUGAUAGCCAUAGAGUUGUUACUAAAUCGAUAAACAAAACCUUAUCUAACUUCUCCUCUACCAAAAUCACUAGUUUCCAUCUUUGUACAAGCUUAGUCAAUAGGAUUCAACCUGUUAAUAGCUGGAUCGAGUUUGCUAUUUCACAUGACACAGAGAAACUGUCUCUCGAGUUUCGUGAUACUCGUGUUAGAGAUUACAGUUUUCCUGAUUUCUUCUACACCAAUUCCACUGUGAAGCAUCUCUUUGUCGACUCAGGAUCUGUUGUAAUGAUACCUAAAUGCUCUGUUUCUUGGACAUCUUUAAAGAACUUGUCUUUGAGUAACUGUAAGCUUUCUGAUGAAUCGCUUCUUAAGAUUCUGUCUGGUUGUCCAAUGCUUGAAAGCUUGGAAUUGCUGUUUUGUGAUGAGUUUCGGUGUCUUGAUCUGAGUCGGUCUCCGUGUGUAAGAAGAUUGGAGAUUGAUCGAAGCGAUUGGUUUCUCGGGCCAACAGAGAUUGUGGCACCACAUGUUCAUUGUUUGAGAUUGAGACAUUCUCGAUUACCAUGUAGUUUAGUGGAUGUUUCUUCUUUAGUUGAAGCUAACUUGAACAUUUACUUUUGCGAUCUCGGAACGCUUACGGCUGAUUUUCUUCAAGGGAAUGUGAUUAAGAUGCUAAAAAAAUUGCAGAAUGUAGAGAAGCUUACAAUUGGGGCUACCUUUCUUCAGAUGUUAUCUCUUGCGGCGCUAUGUGGUGUACGUUUUCCGACGCUUAAGGUGGAGUCUUUGACUCUUGAAACGAUGAUUGUUCGGUCUGUUAAUCCUGGUAUAACAAAGCUUCUACAGAACUCACCUGGAUUAAGAAAGCUAACAAUACACACCGUGAAAUGCAGCAUCAUAUCGGAAGUGCAUCUCAACAAUUACUUGCGUUUACAUAGCUUGAAUCAGCGUCGAUGCUGGAGAUCAAAAGAUGUGGUCUUCCCGGGCUCUAUGGAGACCAUUUCGAUGUUGGUUGGUAAAUACGCAGAGUCCAAUCUUGUGGCUUCGUUCAUGGAACUUUUACUGAGAAAUACAAGAAGUCUAGAAACAAUGGUUGUGCUCUUGGUAGGUUACCUUGAUGCAUCAGGUUUUGAAGAACUUGUUGCAUUGGCUACAACACUUUCUCACAACAACAAUGUCUUCAUUUCGAUCAAGCAAAUCAAUGUUAAAAAUGUAUCCAACACUUUCUGUAAAUGA